AUGUUGCCAGUCCCCCCCCCUCGUUGCCCCCCAGGCCCGCGCGCGACCAGCCAGCAUGACAGCGCGACGCAGAGCACCCGCGAGAGCACGACUGGCCCCUGCGGCGAGCAGGGCGCGGCGCCAGGCGCUGGAGGCUCCGGCGAGCCGCCCGAGGCGGCGGGGCGCGGUGCGGGAGGCCGCUCCGGCCGCUCCGGCUUCCUCCGGCGCCAGCGCCACCGACGCGCGAAGGCGCAGCGGGCGGCGCAGGGCGAGGCGGGAGGGCGGCCCGAGGCCUCGGGCGGCGAGUGGGCGGCCCUGGCGGCCGCGCUCGAGCGCGGCGGCGGCGCGAGAGCCGCAGCGGUUAGGAGCCUGCGCGGCUCCGUGCUGCGCCUGUCCUUCGAACAGCAGGGAUGCCGCGCCGUGCAGACGGCCCUGCAGUGGGCCCCAAGGGACGAGGCGGUGGGGAUCGCGUCGGAGCUGCGCGGGCACGUGCGGAGGGCCACUCCGGAGGAGAGCCACGUCGAGACGGUGGUGCAGGCACUUCCGGCAGCGCUCUCGGUCUUCGUGGCCACAGAGCUUGCGGGUGCGGGCGUCGAGGCUGCGCGGCACAGGUUCGGAUGCCGUAUCGUGUGCCGGCUGAUCGAGCACACGGCGCUGAGCGCAGAGACGUCGGCGUUGCUCGAAGAGAUCCUCGCCGAAGCUGACAAACUCAGCCGCCACACAUUUGGCCACCACGUGGUGCAGUCCAUCCUCGAGCAUGGGCAGCCCCAGCAGCGUGCAAUGGUAGUCGAAUCCCUUCGUGGGGACCUGUUGCGAUGCUCGCUGAAUCGCAACUCCAGCCACGUCGUUGAUAAGGCGCUGACAUACUGUGGCCCACCAGACCGCGACGCCAUGGCAGCGGAGCUGCUGGCGUGUCCUGACAACCUGCUGCAGCUCGCCAAGUGUCAGUUCGGAUUCCACGUCGUCAGGGCGAUCACCAUGGUGCCCAGCCGCCACGCGAAGAUGGUCCUUGACACGAUUGAGUGCGAGGCGGCGCUGAUAAGGGAAUCGAGGUACGGGCAACGGCUUCUUGAGGACCUCAGGGAUCGAGCGGCUGGGUGCCCCGGGAAGGACGACGAGCUCGAGGAGCUCCUGCAGGCGCAGGCGGAGUUCGACGCGUCCAGGCAGCCUGCGUCGGCGAGCUGUGUCCGCGUGCCCCGGCGCGACCUGGCAGGCCCUGUUGCCGAGGCAGCCCUCGGAGCCAGCGAGGACGGCCAGCUGGGCGGCGUCGUGGGGAAGCGGCGCCCCCCGUCGCUGUUCAAGCAGCUCCGGCAGGGCGCCGCCGCCGCAGGCGUGUCCGCUCCACCGCGAGCUCUCCGUGUCCUCGAUGAUGCUGACGCGACGGCUCAUCCGGAGAUAGAUGCGCUGCCAGAGAUGGAGGGCGACGAGAUACCAGGGUGCGUGUCAGGACCGGCGUCGCGGAGCGCGCCGCCCCCGCCGGCGUGCAGCCCGACGGCGCGGAGCCGGGCAACCUGCUGCCGCCCGCCCCGCGGAGACCGGCUUCCCCGUGCCGAUGCACCGCUCCGUCGGGAGGAGCUGGCGGCGCCGUCCCGGCAGGAGGCAGGACGAGGACGCUGGCCACGAGCCCGAGAACGAGGACGAGGAGAUCGACCUGCAGAACCGCCAGGCGUUGAGCAGCGCGACCAGCGAGGAGGUCAAGGAUCGGAGGUGGCAGCAGCAGCUGCUCCAGCAGUUCGGCGCCGGGGCGUGCGAGUUCCUGCGGAAGCGUGGCCAGGAGAGGGCGAAGGCGCGCGAGGCCGCGCGGAGGUCCCGACUGACGGAGGCCGGCGCCGCGGCGGAGCCCUCGGCGGAGCCCUCGGCGGAGCCCUCGGCGGCGCGGAGGCGGGUGUCCUUCGAGCCGGACGAGCGGAGGCCGCCGCGCGGCGCCGAGGGCGCCCCCAGGGAGCCCUCCCUGGCGAUGCUCGGCGUCGACCUGCAAGACAUCCGCGACGCCGCCGCCGAGCGGCGCACUCCCGAGGCCCAGGCUCCUCGACGGGGCCCCCCGCGGAUUCGUGGGAGGCGCUGCGCGCGCUGUGCGGCGGCUGCCUGGACCGCGCGGAGAUGCAGAAGCUGCAGUGGACGGCGCCGGUCGGGGCUCCCGACAUCGACGCCGUGGUGGAGGACGACGGCACCCUGCCCCCGGAGCCCGCCGGGAAGGUCAUCCAGCUCCUGCGUUUCGAUUUCCAAGGCCGCGUCUGCCUGCGCUCCGCCGAGGAGGAGCAGUUCGCCGACGCCCCGAGGACGCCGAGGGGCUGCGGCACCACGGCGCGGAGGCGGCCCAGGCCGGCUACACCCUUGCGGAGCUGUUGCUGCUCUCCCGCAGCACGAGCCCUCCGCAGCGCGCCCUCGCCUUCAGCAUCCUGGCGCGCGUGUUCGAGGAGACCGCCGCCCGCGUGCCGCUCGCGGCGUCGGCGCUGUCCGGUGACCCGGCCCUGA